GGCUGUCAUGUGAAAAGCCGAAGAGUCAGUCACUUCGAUAGCAGCAACCAGGAAGCCAAAGGUUAUUAUUAGGACUGAACGGCUCAAACAGCCAGUAAGUUAUUAUAGGUUUUAUUUAGAGGUUUUCAUUUAAUAAUUUUUUUCGACCAAGCGCCAUGGCAUCCCUUUUCAAGAAGAAGACUGUUGACGACGUUAUCAAGGAGCAGACGAAGGAACUGCGCGGCACGCAGAGACAAAUCACCAGAGACAGAACCGCUCUGGAGAGACAGGAGAAGCAAAUGGAGAUGGAGAUAAAGAAGAUGGCCAAGAGCGGGAACCGGGAGGCCUGUAAGAUCCUGGCCAAGCAGCUGGUUCAGCUGAGGAAGCAGAAGAACAGGACCUAUGCUGUCAGUUCAAAGGUCACCUCCAUGUCCACGCAGACAAAGGUCAUGAACUCCCAGAUGAAGAUGGCAGGAGCCAUGUCCACCACUGCCAAGACGAUGCAGGCGGUGAAUAAGAAGAUGGAUCCUCAGAAGACCCUCCAGACCAUGCAGAACUUCCAGAAGGAAAACAUGAAGAUGGGCAUGACAGAGGAAAUGAUCAAUGACACCCUAGAUGACAUCUUCGAUGAAUCGGGCGAUGAGGAGGAAUCCCAGGACAUUGUCAGCCAGGUCCUGGAUGAGAUUGGCAUUGAGAUCUCAGGAAAGAUGGUGAGAGCCCCAGCAGCGGGAAAAAGCCUUCCCAGCACCGCCUCCCCAAAACGAGCCACCAUCUCAGACGACGAGAUCGAGAGGCAGCUCCGGGCGUUGGGUGUAGACUAACACACGUACACACACACCCACACAGACACACACCUACAGUACACACACACACACACACACACCCUUGGCCAUCCGUCUGUGCGGCACACUCAUAGGCGCCUCAGAGUGGGGGCAUGAAACAGCUGAUUUGAUCAAUGAAGGAAUGCCAUGGUGCGAUGACCUAAAGCUGAAGGAGAGAAAGACGACGGGAAUGGGUGCUCAGCCCUCAGCAGAUCUGACCGGGAGCGGACAUCUGUGUUUUACCCUCACACACCCUCAUGGCCUCUGUGUGUGGCCGAUGGACACGUGUUUUGGUGUACUUACUAUGGUUCACUCCUGGUUAAAUCAGACUGAUAUGACAUGACGUGUAUCUCUAUGGGCUACGUGAUCACUAUGUUUACAUGAUCUGCAUGGAGUCUCAACUGGUCUCUGCUAGAGCCCUGUGUGAACCCACCGUUUCUAAGUGAACGAUCUGUUGUGCGAAAGGGGGGAGGAGACAAUGUAAUCAUGUUUGUUCUCUAUGCUCGGACAUCUCUAGGUACAUUACCAUAGGUCCCAGUGGGGCCAGAUUGUCUAACUGUGAUAUGAACCCAAGGACUAGGGUAAGGGCUGGAGUUUUCUCACAACUUGUGUGCAUGAGGAUCUUUUAAAAGUAGGCAACCAAACUGCGUAGUGAUAUGAUAUACCACACACGUGGGGGUCAGACGAAUAGAUGCAGUUUAUGGAUGUUUGAAACAGUAAUUAAACACUAAUUAAACUAACCAUCAUAGGCUUGAAAAUGACAGUUACCUUUUAUAACAAGCUUUUUUUUCUUCUACUGAGGUUUUGAUCGAAGGUCAGAAUAAUUGGAUAUGUCUUCAUGAUUAGUUUUUGUGAUGUUGACUAAACAUGCGACUGCUUGUCUGAGUCUGUACUGGUGUUGCUCUUUCGACUGCUGUGCAGUUAGUCUGUUUUCUUUACUGCUGUACACGCAUACACACUCUCACACACAUGCACACACACACACCAUGCUUCUGAGACACUAUGCAUAUCACUGUCCCAGAUUCCGUUUCUCUGCCAAUAAGAAUGAGUCCCUUUUUUCCUGCCUGUGCUUUUAUGGAUGUUUUUUUUAUUUUUAUGUAAAAGGGUACAUAUUGAUCAGACUUUGGUGAUCUGCACACAGUAUCUUUUAAUGUAUGCCCUUUUGGACUUGAUUACGGUGCAGUUCUCCUCACUGGAAGUUUGAAUUACUUUGAUCUUCUAAAACAUGUAUGUAUAGUGUUGUAUGUACCUACUAUGUCAUUGUACAGUAGCUGUUUGGGGUUGAUGCCUUUUAUAAUGAAUAAAAUCUCUUCCUGUAUGAUA